AUGGUUUUCAACACCGAACUUACACGCCGACUCGGCAUCAAGGUUCCUGUCGUCCAGGGUGGGAUGCAAUGGGUGGGAUAUGCCGAGUUAGCAUCUGCUGUAUCGAACGCGGGUGGUCUUGGAAUUCUCACAGCUCUCACUCAACCUACCCCUGAAGACCUGCGCAAGGAGAUCCGAAGAUGCAGGACCAUGACCAAGAACCCCUUCGCCGUCAAUAUCACCCUCUUGCCCACGAUGAACGCCCCACCCUACGGCGAAUACGCUCAAGUCUGCAUCGACGAGGGAAUCAAGGUGGUAGAAACAGCAGGCAACUCGCCGGGUCCGGUCAUCAAGCUGUUGAAAGGCGCUGGCAUCAUUAUUCUACACAAAUGUACCACCAUCAGACACGCUCAGUCGGCGGUGAAACUGGGUGUGGAUUUCCUGUCAAUUGACGGCUUCGAGUGCGCUGGUCAUGUGGGUGAAUCAGAUAUCACGAAUUUCAUCCUGCUGUCAAGAGCGAGACAGUCACUGGGAGCACCGUUCAUUGCCUCGGGCGGCUUUGCGGAUGGCCAGGGACUGGCUGCCGCCCUGGCACUCGGUGCCGAAGGAAUCAACAUGGGCACCCGAUUUAUGUGCACUAUCGAAGCACCAAUCCAUAUCAACAUCAAGCAAGCAAUUGUGGAAGCCUCAGAGCAUGAUACCGAGCUUGUUUUGAGAAGAUGGAGGAACACUUCCCGUCUAUUCAAGAACAAGGUUGCACAGGAGGCUGUCGCGAUCGAAAAGAACAGCACAACGGGCAAAUUUGAAGAGGUGGCGCCAUACGUAUCUGGGAAGCGUGGGCGAGAGGUCUUCAUCAACGGAGACAAGGACUUUGGCGUCUGGACUGCCGGACAAGUUAUUGGCUUGAUUCACGACAUUCCCUCUUGCCAGCAGCUUCUCUCGAGAAUCGAGAGCGAAGCCAUUGAAGCCAUUGAAAGGAGUCGGAAAUUGUAUCAACCCCAGAGCAGGCUAUGA